AUGGAGGGCGGUACUCACCUUAGUUUACUGUACGGGUACCGCCGAGUCACGUGUGACGGUAAUCACACGCUGGAGGGUGGAAUAUUCAUGGGGUGGUCGAUGUUGGUGUUCUCGUCGGCGGACACAGUCGACGCGAUGUAUGGAGGCUCGUACCGCUUCUGGAUAAACGAGUGGCUCUUUUCGUUGAACAUUGUGAGGGUUCGUGAAGUUGAACCCCUUUUAUCUAGUACGAAGAAUAUCGACAAAAGUAGUCUCUACAAAGCCAUACAUCCUUUCGUCGGGCAUAGCGUGUUAACCAGCACUGGAUCGCACUGGCUCCAACGGCGUAGAAUAUUAACGCCCACGUUUCAUUUCAAUAUUCUGAGCAGAUUCCAUAAGGUGUUUUUGGACGGCUGUGAACAAUUCCUUCAAACGCUGGAGAAGUACGCCAGCUCUGGCGAAGCUAUUGAUCUUCAGUCUGAGUUACCGCGUUUUACGUUAAGUACAAUUUGUGAAACAUCUAUGGGUGUCAAACUAGAUUCAAUCGAAGGUGGUGAGUUAUAUCGGCAGAAAUUGCACAAGAUGGGUGAAAUGUUGAUCUAUCGACUGAUGCGUCCUUGGAUACACAGUAACUUCACCGCUAGACUUAGUGGCUAUCUAUCAACCUUUCAAAAGCUUGUAGACCAUUGUCAUUCAUUCACGGAAAAAAUCAUCAACCAAAGACGGGAGCAUUUUAAUCGAAUGUCAGAUGAAGUGGAAGAUCUUUCCGAGGAAAAUAUCUAUUCUAACACGAAAAAACGAUACGCAAUGCUGGAUUCCCUUUUUCUGGCCGAGCGAAAGGGACUGAUUACAGAGAAAGGAAUUCGUGAAGAAGCCGACACGUUCACCUUUGCUGGUCAUGACACCACUGCAGCAGCAUUGGCGUUUAUACUUUUCCAGCUGGCACAUGAACCCGCGGUUCAAGAACAGAUGUAUCAGGAGAUUUGCGAGGCUCGGUCCCGCAAGUCUGCUAAGGACAAAUGGUUCAAUCAGCAGGAUUACGCGGAAAUGAAAUUCGUGGAUCGAGCGGUGAAGGAAUGUCUUCGUUUGUGGCCACCCAUUCCGUUCGUGUCAAGAGGCGUCACCGAAGAUAUCGUGUUAGCGGAUGACGAUAUUAUACCGGCAGGUUGUAUUGCCAAUAUUCUCUUUUACGGUCUGCAUCGUGAUCCGGAACAGUUUCCAAAUCCUGACGUUUUCGACGCAGAUGGUUUCCUGCCGGAGAAUGUAGAACGCAGAAAUCCGUACGCGUAUGUUCCGUUCAGUGCUGGACCUAAGAAUUGUAUUGGGCAAAAGUACGCAAUGUUGAAACUGAAGGUCAUUGUUACGCACUCUCUACUGCAGUUCAAGGUACUACCGAAGACACGAUUGGAGGAAAUUCAUUUUGUUUCGGAUCUGGUAUUGCGAAGCUGUACCCCGGUUGUGGUUAGGUUUGUUAAGCGAAAUUAAUUAUUAUUUGCUGUUGAGAUUAAUCCUUACUGCUUGUCACCUUUCGAUUUUCUUUUCAUUUGAUCUACGUUAA